UUUGUGUUGGGUAGGUACUCCACCUACUAAAGUCCGGAGCCAAACUGUGCUUCGUUUGUAACAAACGCGCGAUACCUUUGAAAGCGCGAAAACUGAAAACAUAUCCCUACAAAUGUCGCAGCUGUGGAUUCGAGGACCUGUGUGCGGCAUCCAGAACUGUCCGUCCCGGUUAUACACGUCGUCCGACGGCCACAAGAUCUGCCAGUACGGCCAUGUACUCGAAGGCGACAUCGAAAUAAAUGACGACGACGGAGAAUUCACCCAAACUCGGCGACUCCAAAUGAAGGUCAACGAGGUGGGUAACUUGGUGCACACGUCACAGGUGGACCACGGCCACAAACGAGAGUCCAAGCGGUUCACGGGGGAUCACGCCAAAGAGGUUUGUCUCAAGUGCCUUCAGAUCAUCUUGAAAGCGCAGGUUGCAGCCAUUGUCAAAGAAAUGUACCAUAACGACGUGAUUUUCCGGCUGGAGCUCACGACAGUGGUCAAGCUAAAUUGGACCAAACUCCUCGAAAGCUACAUCCGUCGCGACCUGUUUAAUACCGAUGACGGAGACGUGCCCCGCUUCCAUAUCAAACCUCGUACUCGACUUCCAGGCGUGCUCGACCUUGUAUUUGUGGUGUACUACUCGAUUCUCCAGUUGAACUGUUACCCGAUUUAUUUAUCUGACUUGAUCAAGUUGGUUGCAUCUAACAAAGUUCCAGCACUAAGAACACAUCAUAUUCUUCCAAAACAAUACGUUGCCCGCCUUGGAUCCGAGUACCAUGCUACGUUGCAUCUCCAGUACCUCACAGAGCAUUUGUUAUAUUCGGCCCAUAAAACCGUUUACAAACGACUAGCCAUUAAGAACCUUUCUCGGUCCAUCAACUACUACUACCCUUUCAUUCUCAAAAUAUACUUUGAGGAACUUCUUCUCCCUAAUGCCAUGGAAUUGUUCGUGAUGGUGGACGCGCUAAUGGCCAAACUCCGAACUAAGUUCACUUUCCCCAGAAUCCAAAAACACAUGGUACCAGACGUGCUCGUGGUGUGCUUGAUGAUAAUUGUGGUCAAAAUCCACUUUGCGUACUUGAACAAUAAGAUGGAUCACCAGGAGUGGAUCAACAAUGUCGCGUCGGUCAACACCGACAACAAUAAGCUUGAUUUCGUCAAUAAGUCGAAUAAAGAAUCGGUGUUUAACUUGGCCGAAUGGAGCGACUCCAAAAUCAGCACCUACUGUCUGUACCUCAAUGACAUCUACUUGAAGUCCAAUGUCCAGACAAAUGAGCGUUCCCACCAGAACGCCAUUAUGAUGGAUAGAUUAUUUCAGAUUUUUUCUACCGAUGAAUCGGAGUUUCCGUCUUCUGCACCUUCUGAAGAUACCGACUUGAAUACCUGCUUGAAAAGCUAUGCCAAAGCGGACCUCCAGCGAAUAACUCCUAAGGAAAUACAUGUGAUAGAAGACUUCUUGUUCGUGAAGUUUGCGGGUAUGUUCCAUAUGAGCAUCGACAAGUUCUACAAGCACUACGACUAUGCUGAGCAGUUGGUGCACAAGUGUGUGUGAAUUUCGCGCCCGCGUUCCAUUUUUUGUAUGUUUGUUGAGUAUCAUAAUAUAAUGAAUAAUGAGUGAACCCGGUGCACUGACCUCUCCUAAUGCCCAUGUCGACAUACCGAGGGGAUCUCUGGACCUUCAGGAUCAGGUUUUGCCGAGCACGGUUUCUGGCUAUGUUGGAGACCAGGUUUCAGACCCUUCUGCUGAAAUAGACAAGCAUCAACAACUGCAUAUACCCAACGAAGAUCAAUCAUCUGAAGAACCAACCGCACUUUCGCUGUCUUCGAUAAGCUCUUUCUACGGUUCCAAUAAGAGAAGAAUCGAAUACACUCCAUUUGAUCCCGAAUCACUUCGAUCUGAAACCCACAAGAAACGGGUUCCUGGAAAGUUCAUCGAUAGAUUUUGGGAACCUUUAGACGAAACCACCGCCGAGGAGUUUGACAAGAUCUUAGACAUCUGCUUGAACAAGGCCAUUGAACGGUACAAAGUUGUUGGUGGUGGAGAUGCUCCAUCGUCUCCAAAGAUGUUAGAUGCCCAAGAUCUACUAGCCCACACAUGGACCCUGGACCAUGAAACGUCAUUUAAAAGGCGACUUCAGACCACAAAAUUACCUCGUCGAGUCUCCAUACAUCUGACUAAUCCUCAGAACGAUGAGAACAAGUACGUGUUGAAUCAUGACAUCCUCAAUCGACGAAAAACAUUCCUUGAAACAUACUUACUGGCAGAGUUGAAACAGCUUAAGGAUCUCACAAAGACAUACAAUAAAAUCGAGUUGAAUUACAAGUCGGACUUGGAGUACUUGAAGGAAUUUAAUAAGACGGUGGAGGCUAACGAAUCGAAAAUGUCUCAAGAAGUAUAUACAAAAAAGACCACAAUGAACCUUAAGUAUAGCGACACCUCGAACCUCGAUCUGGAUGUGACCUCCUCCAAUGUUCGUUUCACUCCACGAGAAGAUGAUGAAGUCAACGAACUCUUGGAAAAACUAGAUAGCGGCCUCAAAAGGGUCUCUGGUAACUCAAAAGAUCUCAUUGACUUUCACGAACGACUUCAGAAUUUCCAGGACUCCUUGGAUAUGCUUUAAUAGUUUCCUAAUUUAUGUACUAUAGACACUUGUAUCAUAUACACUCAUCCAACAAAGAGCCAGAAGAUGGAUACCAAGUACUUUUCAUAAGGCUGGGGAUUCUUUGUUUGUGUUUCUUCCUGGUCUUCAUCCUUGUGUUCCUUGUCUUCUUCAGCAUCAACGGUUUUAACUUCUUCUUCUUCGAUUUCAUCUUUGUCCACAGUUUCCUCUUCCUCGCCUACUUUCUCUUUAUCGUCGGCUUCAUCCUUCUCAUUAUCGUCCUCUUCCUCCUUCUGCUUAUCGUCCUCUUCUUCCUCUUCGGCUUUGUCUCCCGUUUCUCUGUCUUUGUAAGAAUCAACUAUUCCUCCAAUCGUAUCCUUUCUUUCAAUAGAUGGCUCUUGAAGUUCAAGCGUCACGGUAAGAUACCCAUCCUUCUCCGACUCCCAAAGAGCACCAAACUUGGUCUGAACGCUCAAUGUCACGUUCGAGUCUUCCAAAGUUAUUGUAGUUCCCAGCACUAUAAACUUGUGCUUAGAAGAUUUCUUUGAGAGUGCCUUCAAAAGCAGGUUGGGGAUAGCAUUCACAUCUUCAGAAACAGCCAAUUGUUCUGUCACAAGCUUCUUGACUUCAUUUGCCGUUAUGGGCGUCUCCGUAGAACUUGGCUCUGAUACCCUCGGUACGGAUUCCGACAAGAAAGGGUUGAUAAAAUGUCACGUUCCUUUCAAUACACCGGUGAAUCCAAUUGUGCCUCCAGAAUUUGUGCUCACCGAGGAGCAACAGAACAAGUAUAGCCAGGUGUUCAACCACUUCAAAGAGUAUAUCAAGGAGAAUAUUCCCGUUAAUGAUACCCAUGGGGCCAAAAAACACCCAGUAUUACCCGAAGAAAAGGCAUGGUUGACUAAGGAGUGUUUUCUUCGUUAUUUGAGAGCCACCAAGUGGAAACCUGAUGCUGCGAUCAAAAGAAUCGAAGAAACGUUUAUUUGGAGACGGACUUUUGGGGUCGUCAACAUCCCUGGCAUAACUGACCCAGCUAUACUCAUCACCCAGGAUUUGGUGGAGAUGGAAAAUGAAACAGGAAAGAAUUUGAUGGUUGGUUAUGACAACGACAAUAGACCCUGUCUAUACUUACGAAACGGUUAUCAGAACACAGACGCGUCUUUGAGACAGGUUCAACACUUGGUCUUCAUGUUGGAAAGAAUCAUUCAUUUCAUGCCUCCAGGGCAGGACACAUUGGCACUAAUGACUGACUUUAAGGCAGCACCGGCGCAUAUGAAGUUAUCUGCCAAGUUCCCGUCCUUAUCUACCUCAAAGCAUGUUUUGCAUAUCUUACAGCACCACUAUCCCGAGAGGCUCGGUCGGGGGCUCUUCACGAAUAUCCCAUGGAUCGGAUACACUUUUUUCAAGGUUGUUACUCCAUUUAUUGAUCCAUACACGAGACUGAAGACUAUUUAUGACCAGCCGUUUGAGAACUUUGUCCCCAAGGAGCAGUUGGAUCAAUCUUUUAAUGGACUCCUAGACUUUGAAUACGUUCACGACAUUUAUUGGCCAGAAAUGAAUAAGAUGGCUGAUAGAAAACAUAGAAACUACAUGAAGAAUUUUGCUGAGUUGGGAGGUGAUAUCGGCUUGAGUGAGUAUGAUUUGAGAUUGGGAUAUGAUGCUCUUGAGACUGAUAGUUCUGUGGCCAUUGUAACAGCCGCAUGACUAGACCUUCUUGUAUAUAUUGAUGUUCGAACAUAUUUAGUGUAUUCUUUUGCAGUAAUUGCGCGGUUUGGGUGUGCUGCUUAAUUUUUUUUCAGUUUCAACACCCUAAUAGAAUGAGUGAUUUCACACACGUGAUAACCAUCAUAGCUCAUGGCAAUGACCUUUCAGCUGAGACGCUAGCCACAAUCAAGAGGAUUCUUGUGGACCAGGCUACCUUACCGCUUGGGGUCUCGAAAAGCCUUUCUCCAAGAGCCAUAGAUUUUCCUACUACUAUCUCCAACGAUGUAGACAUUACAGCAUUCCUCAAGCGUACCUUCAACAAAGAUACAGGAUACGAUGUGAUCUUACAACCGGUUGCAAAUCGAAAAGACAAGAAGUUGUUUAUUUUCGAUAUGGACUCUACCUUGAUUUAUCAAGAAGUAAUCGAGUUGAUCGCUGCUUAUGCUGAUAUUGAACAAGAAGUGGCAGAUAUCACCGAAAGAGCCAUGAAUGGGGAAAUAGAUUUCACCGAAUCUUUGAAAGAAAGAGUUCUUCUUUUGAAGGGGAUCAACUCAACCACGAUCUGGGAAGAAUUAAAGCACAAGAUCAAAAUCACCAAUGGAGCAUUAGAAUUGUGCAAAGCAUUAAAGAAAAGUGGGUGUAUAAUGGGAGUUUGUUCCGGUGGUUUCAUCCAGUUAGCAGAAUACGUGAAGGAACGUUUAGGCUUGGACUAUGCUUAUGCAAAUGUCCUUGGAAUCGAUGAAAAUAACAUUCUCGAUGGAACUGUUGUUGGUGAAACCGUUAAUGCGGAAAUGAAAGCAAAGUUAUUACUUGAAAUCGCCAGCAAGCACAAUAUUGACCCACAAACAGCUGUUGCGGUUGGUGAUGGAGCCAAUGAUUUGAAGAUGAUGGAAGUAGCGGGAUUCGGGGUCGCUUGGAAUGCUAAACCAAAGGUACAGCAAUUAGCCCCAUCUUGUUUGAACACCAAAUCUUUGGCGGACAUUCUCUAUAUUAUGGGGUACACUGACACAGAGAUCAACAAAUUAAUAGAAUAAAAUCGGUACACUAAUCAUACAAUUGCCUUGACUUGUCCUCUAACAACACCUGCCACUCCAUUGAAAAGAAGCACCUCAUCACCAAUGUUGACGUCUUUCAAUUCAAGUUUACCUUCUUUUAUGUACAUAUUCAUUAGCAAAAAGCUUCGGGUGACUCCACAUAAACAUCCAGAACUCAACUCAGGCGUUACCCAUUUCCCAUCCUUAUGAACUGCGAUGUUAGUGAUGGACCCUUCCAUCAACUCACCCCGAACAUUUCCGAGAAUCACUUCCUCUUUUCCUACUCGUGCACCAGGCAAACACUUUUCUCGUGCAGCGUUGUAGUGGGACCUAUGGGUGGUUUUAAAUGACGUGAAGGGAGACAUUAGAAUGGUUUCUGAGUCCACAUAUAUAUCCCAUAUCUCGUCUUCAGGGAUAUCGUCAUCCAACCCACGUAACAAGUUAGGGCGUUCAAUCGUUUCAAAGAAUUCUAAUGUCACUUGGCCGUCCAAACCAACUAGCAAUCUGAUUCUUAAUGGUGUAUCUACUGGAUGACUAUUGUCUUUUAUGGAUGUGACCAACUGAUCUAGUAUCGUCUUCUCUUCGAAGACCAAAGUUGUUUCCUCAUUUCUUGUGAAGAAUUCGAUCGUAAACUGAAGCCUGUUGAUGUGUUCAGGUAAUAGAAAGAAGUUUUCGGCUGUAAUGUCAUCUACGGCCUUCGGUUUCACUUUGGAGAUAUUUGGAUCAUAACGAAUAGUCGACACGAUCUGGAAAUCUGUUACCUCUUGGUUCUGUUGAAUGUACUUUUGAUAUAGCUCCCGGCCACUUUGUUUGCAUUCUUCUGUGGUCAAUUUACUGACAUUGUCUUCGCUUUUGGUUCUGGCCAUUAUGUACUUUUUUGUGGAGAAUGCGUAAGACUUGAUGCGCAUCUAGAAUUAUGCUUAAAUAUGGUUACCGUAUGUUUGUGAUAUAUAUAUAAAUGCUAAGAAUGAAGGAGGUUAAUGUAUAAAAUUGCCAGAGAGCCAUGAAUCUAAUAGGGUCUGAAUCUCUUCUUGUCACUCAUGGCUCUGACCUUCUCCUGGUCAGCUUUAAACUUGCGUAAUAACUCAUUCAUCUCUUCCUUCUUCUUUUCUCUCAACUGGAACCUAUAAAAGUCUUCCUUUUGCUUCUUCUUCAUCUUCGCUUGUGCCUUCUGGGAUUCAGCUUUGGCAAUUGCCAGUUUUUGCUGGCCCAAGAUACCGGCCUUGGUUUUUCUUUGAGGGCCCACCACCAACGUAAAUCCGUCUUCAUCUACUAAUUCACGUUGAUUCAGGAGGUGUUCUAUCGAAUCCUUCUCUGCCUUGUCAAAAUCAAUUAAUGCCUGGCUGACAGAAUUAGAUAAAGUUUCCACAUCCAAUACCUGGGAAUGAUAUUUUCCAAGAAAGUACUGGGAUCCAAACGAGUUGGCUUCCAAGGGCCAUUCCACCACUUUGUAACCACUGGACAACAGUUUCAAUUUGUUCAUGGCCAAUUGGAAUGCUGACUUGUCUAUAAAAGUGACAAUCCCACAGUUCUUGGGCAAUUUUGCACUUGAUUCAUCGACUUCAGACGGAAUGUCAAGAUCAGACGUGAGUUUGGAUAAGUCAAGGAAAACAUCUUCUGCCGAAUCUGUCAAGUAACUGGCGGUAAAUGACUCCAUGGUGGCCCCAAUAGCUAUAUUUUGGAAAAACUUCUUUAGCACCUUUGUGGUGGAUGCAAUAGGAAGAUUACAAAAGAAAAUUGACCUGGACUCGGAAUCACCAGCAAGUUUCACCUCAUGUUUCUUGAAGAAUAUAUAGCUCUCGACACUGCUGUUGGGAAUCUUUAACGGCAAGACUUUAAACCCUUUGAUCUCAGUUACCAUUGCUAGCUGAUUUCUUUCUCAUCUAUC